AUGGUAGGAAAACUACAGGGCAGGGUAACAGCCCCAGAGCGUCUGGUAGCUCCAGUGGAGAAGCCUUUCACUCUGACCUGCAGUGUUACAAGGGAACGAGGUGAAUCUCUGAGGCAAGUACGUUGGUUGGAUGUCCAGAACCAGACCCUGCUGAGCUACCAGCCCAGUAACAGAGACAGUGUGAGUGGACAGCAGCAUGUGGAGCUCGCCACCUCCCCGAAGGACACCUCGGCUAUCACUAUCCGCAGGGUGGGCUUCCGAGACGAAGGCUGCUACACCUGCAUCUUUGACAUGCAUCCAUCCGGUUCAAAGCAAGGACAGACGUGCCUCACUGUCACCGCGCACAUCAGUGUUGACAGCAAUAAAACAGCAGUGAGCGGCAAGAGGGCCUCUCUCUCCUGCUCCUACGGUUUGCCUGAGAAGGUGGAGCAGAUCACGUGGAGACACACUUCUGCCGAGGGUGCCUCCUCAGAGGUGGCCUCCUUUGCAAAGCGGAGCGACCCCAUGAUAGAGCCGCCAUAUCAGGGAAGGGUUUGGCUCAGUGCCUCCCUGUCCAACAGUCAGCUCACCAUCCAGCCUGUGGCUAUCCAGGACGAGGGCUGCUACACCUGCCUGUACAACACACAUUCCGAAGGGCUGAAGAGCUCCACUGUGUGCCUCUCCACCUAUGUGCUGCCUAAACCUCAGGUGAGCUACAAGACCACCUCUCCAGGUGUAAUUGAAGCCAACUGCACCUCUUUGUCGCGACCCCCGGCAGAGAUCGUGUGGAACGUGGAGAGGGAUAACCGCACCAUGGGCCCGCCUAUGACCACACAUCUCCCACAGGGUGACGGGACCACUCUGGUGAUCAGCACGCUGACUGUCCGAUCAGGGCUGCUGAAAGACGUGUCCGUCAAAUGCUUGGUGCAUCACAAAGGGCUUGAGUCACCGAUUGCUGUAUCCAUGAACACUAAGAUUGGGACGGCUCUCACCAUCCUGAUCUCAGUCACUACAGUGGCAGCUCUGUUGGUCAUGUCCCUCUGCUUCUGUCUUUGGAAGUGUUUCUUGCGUAAAGAAGCUGAUUAGUCUUUCAGAUGAGACCAGAGUCUGAAAAGAAGAGGUUGUGGAACCUUGCUGAAUAGUUUUUCUGCAUCAUCAUCAUCGUCUUGGUACAAAGGGAAGAUGUUCACACCUCUAUAGGAUGUCCAAUACAAUCCUAUUUAUGACCACCAACCGUACAACGACAUUCAUCUCUGAAUCUGCGUCUGACUCUUAUAUAAUCUGCAGGCUGUCCUCACAUGAAGUCAAUGAAGAAAUGUUGAGUGGAUGUUUUUUUUCUCUGGCUCUGUAAUUGAUUCAGCUGACGGUUGCACAUUCCACAGAAAACAGCAAAGUCACUGUAUGGCAAAUUAAAGUGCUGUGAGUAUGCUUUUACAGUAUAUUACAUGUCCCCAAAACACUCCUGUUUGUUUCUGCCUCUCACCUGGUCUGUAAAUAACACAGCUAAUUGGCACCAUGAGCUUAAGGUUCUACUUCUCAGUCGAAGGCCUCCGUCACUUCUGUAUAUUUAUCAAAGCUGGGUGGAGUCAUAGGUGGCCUUCAGUAGAUCAACUAAAAGGGCUGCAUACUUAUGUCUUAUUUGUGUAAUAGCAAUUGCAACUUUUCUACAUGUUUCAAAGUGUGUUUUGUGAGAAAGACAGACAGAAAGUGUGUGUGUGUG